AUGGAUUUAUAAAGAUAGGAGCAAGAAAUCCGCUUUUAUACAAUAUAAAAGGACAUAUAGAGUUCUAAUUAUAAAAUUAAAAAAGAAUUGGAAUUGAUAAAUAAUAGAAACUCUAUGUCGCUAGUAGCCUUUCCAGAAUAAGGCUAUUUUCUUGAGAAUGAUAGUAUUUCUCCUAACGAUGCUUCGAUUGUAGUAGGAGCAUACAAUAAAGUUUAAAGAUAUUAAGAAAAUGGAUAAUCUGAUGAUGUUUAAAUUUCCUUUAAUAGCUCAAAGAUAAAUGAAGCUGAAUUAUAUCCUAAUUAAAAGAACUCAAGUCCAACAACUUAUUAUUAAGCCAAAAGUUUUAACAAUAGUACAUAGGAACUAAAUUUUAAUAAUGUUAUAGGUUAAUAUGUGAAUAGAGAUCUAUAAUAAAAAGAUAACGAGCAAAUAAAUAAAAAUGGAAUUCAAGGAUAGUUGGUUUCUUAAAAAUAAUAAUAAUAAAUUGAUUCUGAAAAUUAAAAUAAUCCAAAGGACAACCAAGUGUAAAUCUAAGUUAAAAAUAUUCAGUAGUCUAUGAGUAACAAUGAUACUAUUUCUUCUUAGCCACAAUAGUUGUUUAAUAGUCAUGUUAAUAAUAAUAAUAAUAACAAGCAUGAAGCAUCCUAAUUUAAAAAAGAAAUUAUUUGUUUAGGAAACCCAAAAAAGAAAUAAGAAGAAAAAAGGGCUGUAACAAACUGGCACAAAAUGAGAGAGUUAUACAAAAAAAAUAAACCAAAGUAGCAAAUAACAUUGGAAUAGUAUAGAUUAAUUAAUGACUGGGCGAGUAAUGAAUACAAGAUAAUUCCAACAGCAACUUAAAUGAUGAAUUUGUAAAAUGUAAAAGUUUUAAAAUAAAAAAACAAAAUUAAAAAAAAUUCAAUUAUACAAUCAAUCUUUUAUGUUUCAGAUUAUGCAAAACAGUUAGAAAAAGCUAUAUUUCCUAAAUCUGAUUCAAUGAUACCAAUUUAAUCAAAGAUUACCCACUAUAUUGAUGAUACAAUUUAAACAUGGGUUUACCUACCUGAUUUUAAGAGCUCGUCUUAGAUAGAUUUAUAUGUAGAAAGCAUGAGUCGAGUUGCUUUUCUUUUUAUAGGAAUAACCCAUAAUAGUGAUAAUACUAAUAAUUUUGAAAAAAUAUUUGAAAUAGCUACCUUUUUUUUAGGAAUAACAUUUUUUAGCUUUAUCAUUUAAUAAAGUAUAAAUGACUUAAAGGAGUCCUAGAAAAAAAAAUAUAAACAAGCUUAAGAAUUUAAUUGCUUAAUUUCUUAUUUAGGAAAGUAGAAAAUUAAAACAUCUUUGAAAGUUUAAAUUUUAAGCUAUUUAAAAAGUUAUCACACAGAAGAGUUUAACAUUGUUAAGAAUGAAGGUACAUCAGAAGCACUCUCAAAGCUAUCAGAUAAAUUAAGAAAGGAGCUUCUUGUGCAAGUUAAUACAGAACACCUUAAAAUGUUUAAAUUUUUUUCAAAUUUUAGUGAAGAAGUAAAAUUGGGACUAAUGAAUAUAAUGGAAGAAAAAAUUUUUCAGCCUGGAUAAAUAAUAUUUGAAGAUGGGGAAACUAGUAACUUUUCUAUAUAUCUUAUAGAUAAAGGCCGAGUUGAUCUCUACUAUGAUACAAGAAAGAGUGGAAGUAAGUAUUCAGUUGUCAAGGAAAUUGUUAAAAAUGAAGUAUUUGGGUCUAUAUCUUUUCUAACUGCUUUUCCGAGAAAAUGUAGUGCAAUUAGCAAAGAAAUUUCUUCAAUAAUAAGCAUCGAUCGAGAUUAGUUCCUAAAUUUGCUUAAGACUUCAAGAGAAGAGAAAGACCUCCAAAUUUUUUGUUAAAUGAAAGAUAAAUUUUUAAAUAAUGGAGACUUAAGUGUGUUAGAUUUGAGUUGCUACUAGUGCGGUUCAGAUAGUCAUUUAUCAGAUUAAUGCGUUAAAACACACUACUAUAUCCAUAGAAAAGCAAUACUGAAAACACUAUCUUCUCACUAUAAAAUUCUAAAUAGGAAAAAAUUCAAAAGAUUUAGAGAUGAAAAGAAACAUUCUUUAAAAUUAAAUGCUGAUAUCUAGAAACAUGUUGCUGAGUUUAUAGAAAAAUUUGAUGAGUAGAUUAAUUUUCUGUAGGAAGAUAUCCACAUGAAAAGGUUCUAGAAAAAUUAGUCUUAAGUUUUUUCACAUAACGUUCUUCGACAAACUAAUAGUUCUGAAUAAAUAUUACCUAUUUAAGAUUCUGAUGAUCAAAUUGAUUAUUAACAAUCAUCAGAAUCUAGCAUUGAAAUGGAUGAGUAAAGCAAUUCAAACACUAAAACUGUUUCAAAUACCAGUAAAAACUCCUAGAAUUUUAGUGAGAAUGAUUUGGAUCUUUAAAAUUUUUAAUAAAAAUAAAAAAAAAAAUAAAGUGCUGAUAGCCAAAAAAAUCUUUCAAAUGAAAAUAAUUAGUCUAGUGGUAGUGGGUUAGAAGAAAGGAAAAAAAUUAAAAGACAAAGAAGUGGUAGCAUGAACAAUUUAUCUUAAUAUUAGUAAUAGCCUUCUAUCACUAAACAAUUAGAAGGAGUUAAAAGUUGUUUAUCUAAUCUAAAUUCUAUGCCUUCUAAUCAUUAAAACUCUCAUGUUGUUAGCAAAAGAAUGAGUCAGAAAAAUAAUAGCGGGAGUUAAAAUAACUAACUUAACUCAGUAUAAAGUUCUCUUUCAGCAAACACUCCUUUGACUCACGUAAAUAGUGAUAUUAAAAAUGAUGAAAUAGAAGAGUUUCUUAACAUUAACAAUGAAUAAACUAUUAGCAGCAUUUUUUAAAACUUUUAACAGAAAAAAUAAUAAACUAAAGAAAUAGGAGGAGGAGAUUAGCAACUAAAUAGAUAAAGAAGCUCUUAUAAGCAGAAUAGCUCCAAGUAGCCUGGUUCAACUACAAACAUGAAUGCUAGUAUAAAUAGAAAUUCUAUGCAAAAAUAGAAUAGCUCAUUAAUCAAUAAUAAAUUAAAACAAAAUCAUUCACCAAAGAUUUCAGUUAGUUGCAGUGAUUUAGAUUAAUAAUCUCCCUCUAAUAUCAAUAAUAAUAUUUAACAAAAUGGCAAAAAGAGUUUAAGGAACAGCUUGCAUGGUAACAUUGCUGGUGAUAGAAGAAAGUCAUCUAUAGCUUCGUUUGUCAAAGAUAAUUUCGAAACAUCUUCAAGUACAGAAAGUAAUACUACAGAGCUAUUUUUUGAUCCUUAAUUAGCACCUCUCAAUGCCUAUCCACAAAGCAUACCUACAUAAACAGCAUUUGAGUAAGGAAAUAUUUUCAUUAUAGAAGCAGCCCAAAAUUAAUCUGAAGAAAAGAAUUUAAAGAAAACUAAAUUCGAAAUACUCCAAGAAAAAAUGAAAGAUGAUGAUACUGAAUCAACCCCUGUUUCUCUUUUAGAAUCUAUUUAUAAUGUAGAUACUCAUAACAAUAAUGCUAUUCAAAAUAAGAGAAAAGGAAUAUUGCCAUACUAAACAUCCCUCUCAGAAAAUAUGAUGAAAAUUGCUAGGUUGUAUUCUAAAGGUUCAACAAUUAAAUUGGAUAAGUAUUGA